CGAAAACGCGGCGGAGGCUUCGGGACCGCGGGCACCUGCAGGGCGCACCCGAAACGCGAGCGCCGCGGGCAGCAGGUUGUGUGAAGGGGACGCGGCGCGAAGGGAGCAGGAGGAUGGCGAGCGAGGCAGUGCUGAACGGGGCGGUGGUGAAUGGGGCAGCAGUGAACGGGGCGGCGAUGAACGGUCACAGUGAGCACAGGGACGAGCCGGGAGCAAAGUGCCGGGAUGCUCUGCCGGGUAAGCAGAAGGCAGCAGCUGGCAGGGAUGCGGCACCGAUGCAUCCUGUUGGUGCAGUCAGCAGGGAUGCGGCAGCGAUGCAUCCUGGCGGAUCACCCUUGGAGGCAGCUGGCAGGGAUGCGGCGGCAGUGCACAGCAGCGGCAGGGCUGGCGGCAUCGCCGGGGUGUACGUGGAGGCUAUGAAGAAGCCGAUGAGCUUUUAUGAUGCCACCAGAGAGCACCUGCUGAGCCUGGAGCCGGCGCUGCUUCUCCUCGAGGCGCAGGCGGCCACGGGUGGCAUUGCUGAUGUGGGGCAGAAGUCACACGUGGCCGUGGCAGAGGCCGUGCAGAGGGGGCUGGUGGGGCUGGAGCUGAAGGAGAGGCUGCUGGCUGCCGAGAGAGCAGCCGUUGGCUUCACGGACCCCUACACGGAGGAGCAGAUCCCUCUGUUCCAGGCGCUGCAGAAGGAGCUGCUCGGGAGGGAGCAGGGCCUGCGGCUGCUGGAGGCCCAGCUGGCAACCGGGGGCCUCAUCGACUUGGCCACGGGCGGGCGGCUCCGGGCAGAGGCUGCCUGCGAGAAGGGGCUCCUGGAUGAGGAGACGGGGCAGCUCCUGUGUGACGGCAGCGAGGAGAGCAAAGGGUUCCUCGACCCCAACAGCAUGGAGAGGGUCAGCUACGCGGAGCUCAGGGGGCGAUGCGUGGUGGAUCCGGCCUCGGGGCUCCUCCUGCUGCCCCUGCAGCUCACAUUCGCGGGGCUGGGAGGGCGAGUGAGCGGCACGGAGCUGCGGGACGCCGGCAUCAUCAGCCCCGACGCGCUCAGGGCUCUGCAGGAGGGGAAGGUGUCAGCCGGGGAGGUGGCAGAGGACGACGCGGUGCAGCGGUUCCUGCGCGGCACAAGGAGCGUGGCCGGCGUGGUUCUGCCCUCCGGGGAGCGGAGGAGCCUCUACCAGGCACUGCAGGAGCACCUCCUGCUGCCCGGCGCUGCGCUGGCGCUGCUGCAGGUGCAAGCCUCCACCGGCAGCCUGAUCGACCCCAUCCAGAACAGGAGCUUCUCCGUGGAUGAGGCCGUCAGGAGCGGCCUCGUCGGCCCCGAGCUGCAUGAGAAACUGUCUUCAGCAGAGAGGUCCAUCAGCGGCUACAGGGACCCCCACACCGGGGAGAUGCUGUCCCUGUUCCAAGCCGUGAGCAAGGGCUUCGUCCCCAGGGACCACGGCCUCCACCUCCUGGAAGCUCAGAUGGCCACCGGCGGUGUCAUCGCUCCGGGCCGGCACCUCCGUGUCCCCGCCGAGACCGCGUGCCGCUGGGGGUACCUGGAUGAGAGCACCCUGCAGCUCCUCGCCAAUCCCACCGAGGAAUCCAAAGGGUUCUUCCACCCCGGCUCCCAGGAGAAGCUGAGCUACGCAGAGCUGCUGGCGCACUGCGUCACCGACCCCAGCACCGGGCUCCUGCUGCUGCCGCUCGGUGACGGAAGCCAAGGAACGCGACUCUUCCUCGACCGCGGCGCCCAAACGGCUCUGGAGAACACAAAGGUGCCCGUCGCCGUAGGCAAGUUCAAAGGAAAGUCGGUGUCUCUCUGGAAGCUCCUUUUCUCUGACUACAUCCAGAGCGAGCAAAGAGCCGCCCUCACCCGGCAGCACCUGGAGGGAGCGCUCUCCAUGCGGGAGAUGGCCGAGGCCGUCCGUGCCGCCGUUGAGGAAAUGGCUUCUGCAGCCAACAUCACCUUUGAAGGGCUGAGGGGACGCGUGACGGCCGACCAGCUCCUGAGCUCCGAGAUCAUCAACCGGGAUCUGUUCAAGAAGCUGAAGGAGGGGGAAACGUCAGCCAAGGAAGUAGUGGGCAUGGACACGGUCAGGAAGUACCUGGAAGGGACCGGGAGCAUUGCUGGGCUGCUGCUUCCCGAAUCCCAGGAGAAGAUCAGCAUCUACCAGGCCAAGAGGAAGGGGCUCCUGAGGCCAGGGACGUCGCUGAUCCUCCUGGAGGCUCAGGCUGCCACCGGCUUCGUCAUUGACCCGGCGGCCAACAAACGUUACUCUGUGGACGAGGCCUUAAGGGCAAACGUCAUCGGCCCCGACGUCUACGACAAGCUGCUGUCAGCAGAGAAAUGUGUCACCGGGUACCGAGACCCCUGCUCGGGGGACAAGAUCUCGCUCUUCCAGGCCAUGCAGAAGGAGCUGAUCGUCAGGGAGCACGGCGUGCGCCUGCUGGAGGCCCAGAUCGCCACCGGCGGCAUCAUCGACCCCGUGCACAGCCACCGCAUCCCCGUGGAGGUGGCCUACAGGCGCGGCUACCUGGACAAGAAGAUGACCGUCAUCCUGUCCGACCCCAGCGACGACACCAAGGGCUUCUUCGACCCCAACACGGAGGAGAACCUCACCUACCUGCAGCUGAAGGAGAAGUGCGUGACGGAGCCGGGCAGCGGUCUCUGCCUGCUCCCCCUGAACAGCAAGAGGCGGCAGUUUGUGGAUGCUGCCACGCGUGAGCUGUUCUGCAGCUCCUGGAUGCCCGUCCGCUUCGGGCGUCUGCGAGGAGAGAAGGUCUCUGUGUGGGAGCUGCUGACCUCCGAGUAUUUCAGCGAGGGGCGGCGCCGCGAGAUCUUCAACCACUACCGGCUGAAGAAGCUCAGCCUGGAGCAGAUCCGGGCCAUGCUGGAGGAGGAGAUGAAGAAGUGGGCCCCCAUCAAGUUCCCGGCCCUGAGGGGCAGCGUCAGCGCGUACCACCUGAUGGAGACGGGCAUCAUUGACAGGACCCUGCUGGAGGAGGUGCUGGAGGGGUCCGUCAGCCCCGAGGAAGUCCUGCGCAUGGACUCGGUCAGGAAGUACCUCUACGGCUCCGGCAGCAUCGGAGGCAUCGUGCUCCAGCCCUCAAACCAGAGGAUGAGCAUCUACGAGGCCAUGAAACAGAACAUCGUGGUACCCGGAGUGGCCCUACCGCUCCUGGAGGCGCAGGCUGCCACGGGCUUCAUCAUCGACCCCGUGAACAACCAGAAGCUCCGUGUGGACGAGGCCGUCAAGGAGGGCGUCAUCGGGCCGGAGGUGCACGAGAAGCUGCAGCAAGCAGAAGGGGCAGUGUCGGGCUACAAAGACCCCUUCACGGGCAGGAAGAUUCCCCUCUUCCAGGCCAUGAAGAAGGGUCUGAUUGCGGACAAGCAGGCCAUGCAGCUGAUGGAGGUGCAGAUGGCGACCGGAGGCAUCAUCGACCCCGCGUGUGGCCACCACGUCCCCAUCGAGGCCGCCCAGAAGCGCGGGUGCCUGGAUGAGGACACAAGCAGAGCCCUUUCCGAGCCCAGCGACAGCAACAGAGCCUUCUGCCUCCCAGACAGCAAGGAGAACGUGAGCUACGCCGAGCUCAUCCAGCGUUGCCAGAAGGACGAGGAGUCUGGCUUCCACCUGCUGCCUCUGCGGCAGACGGCCGCUCCUGCCUACACGGAUGAGCAAAUCCAACAGCUCUUCCAGGAAACCGUGGUGAAGGUCAACGUAGGGCGCUUCAAAGGGCAGACGGUGUCCGUCUGGGACCUCCUCAACUCUGAGUACAUCACAGACGGCCAAAGGAGAGAGCUGGUGCAGAAAUACAAAGACGAGAACGCCGAAGCACUGCGAGAAAUCGUAACGACUGUCACCACCAUUAUCGCAGAGACCGAGGCACAAGGCAGGAAGUUUGCCUUCAAAGGUCUGCGGAAAAAGGUGUCCGCCGGUGAUCUCUUCCGGUCCCAGCUGAUAGACAAAAAAACCCUCGAUGAGCUCAACCAGGGCAAGAAAACGGUCCAAGAAGUCACCAAAAUGGACUCUGUCCGCAUUUACCUGGAGGGCAGCAAUUUCAUAGCGGGGGUCCUCAUCCAGCCGAGCAACGAGAAGAUGAGCAUCUACCAGGCCAUGAGGAAGGGCAUCCUGAGGCCGGGCACGGCGCUGGUGCUGCUGGAGGCGCAGGCCGCCACCGGCUUCAUCAUCGACCCGGAGAAAAACAAGAAAUUCUCCGUGGAGGAGGCGCUGGAGGCCGGACUCGUCGGCGUGGAGGUUUAUGAAAAGCUGCUCUCUGCAGAAAGAGCUGUGACGGGCUACGUUGACCCCUACACAAAAGCACCCAUGUCCCUCUUCGAAGCCAUGAACCAAGGGCUGAUCGUGAAGAGCCACGGCGUGCGCCUGCUGGAGGCCCAGAUCGCCACCGGCGGCAUCAUCGACCCCGUGCACAGCCACCGCAUCCCCGUGGAGGUGGCCUACAGGCGCGGGUACUUCAACGAGGAGAUGAACCGCGUCCUGUCCGACCCCAGCGACGACACCAAGGGCUUCUUCGACCCCAACACGCACGAGAACCUCACCUACAUGCAGCUCCUGGAGAGGUGCGUUCAGGACGCAGAGACGGGGUUGUACAUGCUGCAGGUUGUGCAGGAAGGGGGGAAAUACUUCUACGUCGAUGAGCUGACGAGACAGGUUCUGCAGUCAAAGCCUCUUCAAGUGAGAGUUGGAAGAUUCAAGGGCCAAACGGUGUCCGUCUGGGACAUCCUCUACUCUCACUAUAUCUCGGAGCAGAAAAGGAAAGAACUAUUAAAGCAAUACAAAGGCAAGGCUCUUACUCUGGAAGACCUUGCAGCUCUCAUCCUCAAAGUAAUUGAGGAUACAGAGCAAAAAGGAGAAGCCCUCAAGGUUAAAGGACUGCGGGGCGAGGUGUCGGUGUCAGAGCUGUUCAACUCGGAGAUAAUUGACAAGGGGACUCUGGAGCAGCUGCAGGAUGGGAGCCUGACGCUUGACAGCCUCACCAAGCGGGACGCAGUCAGAAGGUACCUGGAUGGCACCGGGAGCAUCGCCGGCGUGCUCCUGCCAUCAAGGAAAGAGAGGAUGAGCAUCUACCAGGCAAUGGAGAAGGGGCUCCUCUCCGAGCAGUGUGCGCUGGGGCUGCUGGAGGCGCAGGCUGCCACCGGCUUCAUCAUCGACCCAGUAAAGAACCAGAAGCUCUCCGUGGACGAGGCCGUCUCCUCCGGGCUGGUGGGCAGCGAGCUGCACGAGAAGCUGCUGUCUGCAGAGAGAGCAGUGACAGGAUACACGGAUCCCCAGGUAGGCGCUAAGAUCUCCCUCUUCCAGGCCAUGAGGAGUAAGGUAGCAGCCAAGGAGCACGGCGUGCGCCUGCUGGAGGCCCAGAUGGCCACUGGUGGGAUCGUCGACCCCGUGCACAGCCACCGCCUGCCUGUGGAGGUGGCCUACCGGCGCGGCCACCUGGACGGGGACACGUUCCUCCUGCUUUCUGAUCCCGACCACGGCAGCAAAGGGUUUAUAGACCCAAACAUCCGCGGGAAAAGCAGCUACAGUCAGCUCCUGAAACGGUGCUCCAGAGACACAGACACAGGGCUGUACCUGCUGCCGCUCCUGGAGAAAGAGGAGGACUAUUUCUACAUCGACGAGCGUACAAAGAAAGCGCUGAUGGCAACAAGGGUGGAGGUGUCUGUCGGGAAAUACAAAGGCAGUGAAUUGUCGCUGUGGGAACUGCUGUGCUCCGAGUACAUCACAGAAGAGAAAAGAAGAGAACUCGUGAAAAAAUACAAAGAGGAAUCCCACCACAUCGUGCAGAGAAUCAUCGACGUAAUAUUAAACAUCAUCAGGGAGAAAGAGCAACACAGAAGCGACGUUUGGUUCCAAGGCAUCAGACAACAAAUCACAGCGUCAGAGCUUCUCAGCGCACAGAUAAUAACAGAGGAAACCAUGCGAAAACUCAAGGAAGGAAAAGAGACGGCAGAAGAAAUAGCAAAGAAGGAGGAUGUGAGACGAUACCUCGAGGGAACGGGCUGCAUCGCCGGCGUGCUGGUGCCCUCCAAGGCCGACCCCGCCAAGAUGGAGAAGAUGAGCAUCUACCAGGCCAUGUGGAAGGGCAUCCUGAGGCCGGGGACAGCACUCGUGCUGCUGGAGGCGCAGGCUGCCACCGGCUUCAUCGUCGACCCAGUAAAGAACCAGAAGCUCUCCGUGGACGAGGCCGUCUCCUCCGGGCUGGUGGGCAGCGAGCUGCAGAAGAAACUGGUCUGUGCCGAAAAGGCGGUCACGGGAUACAGCCACCCGUGCACGGGACAGAAGAUGUCCCUCUUCCAGGCCAUGCAGAAGGAGCUGAUCGUCAGGGAGCACGGCGUGCGCCUGCUGGAGGCCCAGAUCGCCACCGGCGGCAUCAUCGACCCCGUGCACAGCCACCGCCUGCCCGUCCAAGCCGCCUUCCAGCGCGGCUACUUUGACCACGAGAUGAGCCGCGUCCUGUCCGACCCCAGCGACGACACCAAGGGCUUCUUCGACCCCAACACGCACGAGAACCUCACCUACAUGCAGCUCCUGCGCCGCUGCGUGCCCGACCCGGACACGGGGCUGCUCAUGCUGCAGCUGAUGGACAAGGGCUCGGCGCUCUACCAGCUGAGCGAGGACGCCCGCAGAGCCCUGCAGACCGCCCGCACCAGCGUCAGCGCGGGGCUCUUCCAGGGCCAGAGCGUCACCCUCUGGGAGCUCCUCUUCUCUCGCUACGUCCCCGACCGCCGGCGCCAGGACCUCCUGCGCGACUACAAGGCGGGCACGCUGAGCAUCUCCGACAUGACCGCCCUUCUCAGCGCCGCCGUCACCGGGGCCGCGGGACGGGGCCGUGCCGCCUCCGGCCAGGAGGUCCUGCCUCCAGCCCACAACGGCGAUGGCAGCAGCUCCCAGCAGGACGGCGAGCGCCACAAGGACACGGACGCAGACACGGAGCUGGAGCUGGAGCUGGAGCUGGAGCUGGAGCAGGCCCUGUCGUCGCGCAGCGUCGAGGUGUCGGGCGGCGACUUCCACGGCAGGAAGGUGUCCCUGUGGGAGCUCCUCUUCUCCAAGUACGUCUCCGAGGCCAAGAGGCGCGAGCUGCUGGGGAAGGCCCGCGCCGGCAGCCUGACGCUGGAGCAGCUGGCCGGGCUGCUCGCCCUCCUGGUCCAGGAGGCGGUGGAGCGGAGCAGCACGGUGACGUUCCGCGGCCUCAGGCGGCAGGUGAGCGCCUCGGACCUGCUGGACUCGGGCAUCAUCGACAAGGACACGCUGGCCGACCUGGUCCAGGGCUCCAAGACGGUGGAGCAGGUGACGCAGAUGGCCUCCGUCAAGCGCUACCUGGACGGCACGGGCUGCAUCGCCGGCGUGCUGGUGCCCUCCAAGGCCGACCCCGCCAAGACGGACAAGAUGAGCAUCUACCAGGCCAUGUGCAAGGGCAUCCUGAGGCAGGGCACGGCCCUGGUGCUGCUGGAGGCGCAGGCUGCCACCGGCUUCCUCGUCGACCCAGUAAAGAACCAGAAGCUCUCCGUGGACGAGGCCGUCUCCUCCGGGCUGGUGGGCAGCGAGCUGCACGAGAAGCUGCUGUCGGCCGAGAGGGCCGUCACGGGCUACACCGACCCCUACAGCGGCGCCCAGAUCUCCCUCUUCCAGGCCAUGCAGAAGGGGCUGAUCGUCAGGGAGCACGGCGUGCGCCUGCUGGAGGCCCAGAUCGCCACCGGCGGCAUCAUCGACCCCGUGCACAGCCACCGCCUGCCCGUCCAAGCCGCCUUCCAGCGCGGCUACUUUGACCACGAGAUGAGCCGCGUCCUGUCCGACCCCAGCGACGACACCAAGGGCUUCUUCGACCCCAACACGCACGAGAACCUCACCUACAUGCAGCUCCUGCGCCGCUGCGUGCCCGACCCGGACACGGGGCUGUAUUUCCUUAAGAUUUUUGCUAAGUAAUUAUAAUUAUUGUCUUUUUUUUUCUCUGUUAUUUCCUUGGUGAACAAUUUUCAGUCUGUUCCGACUUGUUUUGCCUCUCGCACUUUUGCCUCCCUUUCUUUUCUCACCGACUUGCCUUGUUUUUCUUAUUCUCCUUCGAGCACUUUCAUUAUUUCCUUCUUCGCUUUCAUUUUGUCACCGUACUCACGCAUGAAAUAUGGUUUUGAAGUGACUCAGUGAUGCAUUACGUUAUAGCGUCUAAUCCUGUUUCUUUUAUUACCUUCCUGGAAUUCAUGAAUCAGCCCAGCUUAUCUCCGCUCAUUUAUGUGCAAUAUAUUGUAUGCUUUCUUCUUAUAUGGACAAAAUCUCCUGCAGUAUUCGCUGACGUGAGAACGGAAUUUCUGUUUCCCUUCUCAUGCAUGUUCUUUACGCACUGAACAUGUUUGCACCGAUCUCCACGGCACUGACACGGUUUUAGGCUCGCACAUCCAAAGCUUACAUGCAGGCACAGCACCCUGCUUACACUGGCUGCUCCUGGAGGGCUUGCUGAGCUUGCUCUCACUGCCCCAGCCUGCUUCCCCAGGGGUCCCUGGGCCGCUUGCUCUCAGCCGAGUGCUGGUUGGUCUCUCACUGCUUCGUGCGCUGCAGUCACUCGGUACUUACUCUCAUAGCAUCCCCCUCCCCGAGGGUGCUUCCCCUCCCUCCAGUUCUCUUGUUCUAUAGAGAGCCCCCAUAGAGUUUUUCCAUGAGAUCCUCACGGGUGAUGGGACACAGCAGCGGGUGCCGUGCCGGACUGCUGGCCGGGGCUGUGCUGGGAGCAGCGAGCAGCAGGGAGCUGCAGGAGGGAGCCGUGCCCCCGCUGCUUC